AAAAGAAAGAAAGAAAGCAAAAGACCGCACGCUGACCAGGUUGAUCGUUGGAGUUGGAGGCGAGCUCGCGAUCGUUCGUUUGCUCGCGCGCGCCUGUGCGAGAGACAGAGAGCAGCGAGGAAGAAUGUGAUCGUCGAUUUCCAUAGCAUACGGCCAAAGAAACAGCAAAACGGCAUCUUUUCAAUUUUCUGUUUUUAUACUUUUCUUCUUGCCUGACGUCGUCAAUGAACUUGGCGUAAAUAAAAUAUCUCCCGGUGGCCAGUCGCUUGUUGAACUUGAACCAGAAAGCAACGUACCGGUGGAUAGCUAUUGAAUUGAACGGACAAAAUUCGGGAUCGAUCGCGAGCAUGUUGAGGACAUUAGUACUGUUGUUACUGAGUUCGGCCGUGUGGGCAGGGCCAGUUAUCCCUGGGGAUCGAAGGUUGAACAGGAGUGAGGACAAUGCCAUGGAGAAUAGUAGUGUUUCUGAGACGGCAACCGCGGUAACGGAAGCAGUAGUACUGAAUGAGGUAUCGGAGUCUUCGAGCACGGCAGCAAAUCCGGAGCCUUCUUCAACUGAAGCGAAGCCUAGUUCUACUGCUGCACCCACAACUUCUGCGCCUCUUUUGCCAACCAAUAAACCCCGUAAGACCAUCACAUUCGAUCAACGACAGGAAGGGAAGUUCAACAUUCGGGCUGAUUUGGAGAAUUUCGUGAUUGUGGUCGUACCGUCUUCUCCGUCUGCUGGGGUGUCAUUGUUGGACCUCUUAAAUCGUGCUGGACACAAGAAUCAUCAAAAGAAGAAGUCGGGUCAUCGUAAGAAUACUAAAAAUCACUCCUCGCAGAAGAAGUCAUCCCACGUAACUCCAGAAGUGGUAGUGCUGGACGAGUCUCAGACACAUGCUAGGGUGGCCAACGAAGAGUUCAUCGAAGGUCGUACCCCUUACAGAGUGGAUAUUUCUAGCUCUGCCCGCAGUAACAAUUUCAAUCAACCUUCGCCGAUCUACCGCGUCUACCGACCCAACAGUUUCCACGCUGAGCAACCAACCUCGUCUAACUUGGUCCAUUUCCCAGAGUCAGCAGGUAAUUCUUAUCCUAAUACCGUAAGAGCAUCCAAGUCGUUGCUCGCUCCAGCUACGUACGACGAUGAAAUUAGAACUAAUACCGUAUACGCUAUACUAACCAAUAACAACAAUUAUGGUGAUGGUGGUAUCCAACAUAUUGAGGAUGAUGGAACUGGUGGUGAAACACAUGGUGAUGAUGAUGAGGAUAAUUACCUGACGAUGGAGCAACGGACUUAUCUAGACUUACCUGCUUCUUCAUUCGAUAGCCUAGAAUAUCCGCGGUCGGACGUCGACAUGAUGAAACUGCAACUGCAAGAGGACAACGAACGGGAUGGAGGCGCAGGUGAAGGCGAAUGGGAACUCAAGCUUCUUGGCGCUCAGGAGCAGUGUGGACCCGAUCGCAAGCGUGACAGCUACGGCGUUUGUCAAUUUGUAACGCCUUGAGGCGUAUUGCCGUCCCUCUUGCACAACACCUAGCAAUUAAGAACUAUUUAUUAGCCAGCCGCGAUCAAUCGCAAUUAAUUUAUUGUCAAACACAUUAUAAGUGCCAAAUAAAAUAAUUCAAGACUCGAUUCUCAAAAAAUCAAUUAAACGA